AUGCAUCACGCUUUCCUUGAUAUGCAGAUUCGUCGGUAUAUUCUGGUUCUGCAUCGGCCUUUCAUGCUACAAGCGCAAAAGGAUUCCCGCUUCAAUUUUUCCCGGAGGGUUUGUCAGGAGUCUGCAAUGAUUAUCGCCACUUAUGUCGAGCGAUUUCCGCUACCUGCAGACUCUCUUGACGAUCUGUCCAAGUUGAUGGUGAUGAGCACAGGGUCAUUUCGCGGACCUUUGAGCCUGGACGUAAUUUCAGUCUUGGGCUUGGAGGUUGUGUCUCAGCUGGAGGAAACGGGUUCCGGUCCGUCAUCUGCUCCGAUUGGUCUCAACCAAACAUUGGUCCUUGAUCCUCUCGCUGAACUGGCGCGCGGCCAGCGAGCGCCCAUCAUUCGACUUUUGGAACACAUCAACGAACAAUUACUGCAGAUCGUAAAAUUGGGCCAUCCUACGUUGAAACGCUACAUCUUUCUUGCUGGCAUUCUUUCCCAGAUAUACGCCAUGGAACGCGGCCAACCCAUUUUGUCUGCUGUGCUGAACACUGCAAAAGACAGCCUGAAGGAGUGUUACGAUGUACUACAGUCCUACAGGGCCGCCAAUACUCCCCGAGAAGUGUCGCAAGACGUGAUCGAUAAUGGGCUUCUUGACAGCCUGGAUUUUGACGGCCUGGAAUUUGGCGCAAUGGACUCCAACUACCUGGACUUUUCGGUCUUUUUGGUUCCAACUAUUUAA